AUGAGGGUACUAUUAGCUGUAAUCGCUGUAAUUGGAGUUGUGAGCGCCCAAAAAGCGUUCCACUCCCGGCGACUCGGUACCGAGGGUCAAAUCGUCGGACGGAUACUAUCGGAGUAUGAUCCUAGCACUCGACCACCAGUUAGAGAUCACGCGGACAACUCGGCGAUCCUCGUCAUCACCAACAUCUUCAUCAAUCGUCUCAUCUGGCACAAUAACUACGCCGAAGUCGACUUGUACCUCCGCCAACAAUGGCAAGACAGUCGUCUGAAGUACGAUGUGGACACUCGGGAGGGUAUCGAGGAGAUCAAAUUGCCACAAAACCGUAAAAUCUGGGAGCCAGACACCUAUUUCACGUCGGGAAGAGAAUUGAGUAGAUCAGAAAAAAAUUCGAAAAAUUUAGUCGUCGAGCCGAGCGGUUACGUGAGAUCUUCGGAGAGAAUCCUUCUGGAACUCCCGUAUACCUAUGGUACCAUGUUCCCAUUCACCAACUCCCGCCAAAUCACUAUUAAACUUGGAAGUUACAACUACGACAUCGAUGACAUCGUGUACCUCUGGGCCAACUCUCCACCACUUGUCAACCCAAUUGAAGUGUCCCAAGACCUUCUCCGUGGUGAUUUGACAUUCGAAGAGGCGUCCGCAGGGGAUUGUGUCGGAAACUACACAGUCGGAGUGUACUCUUGCAUCGAUGCCCAUGUCUACUUCUCUGCCAGUACCCUUUCUGGACUCAUGUCUUGGUUUUUGCCCUCUUUGUUCCUCCUUAUCGGAUCAUGGCUUCAUUUCUGGAUUCAUGGAAGUUGGUCGGUGCCAAGAACCAUCUCCGCCGCUGUUCCAUUCUUCAUUUUGGCUGCUUAUUAUAUUUUCAUGCGCGAAGACUCGUACACCCAAGCGCAAGGUGCAUGGCUCGGUUUCUGCACAGUCCUCACUUUCCUCUCAUUCGUCGAGUAUUUUGUUGUGAUCUGUUGUGGAGGACGUAGAUCAAUUCGCUACAAGACCCUCGGAGGUCAGGAAGAACAUCCGAUGGGCGCUGCUAAGGAGACUAUCGAAGUGGCCUAUGACCAGGGAUGCUCCUCAUUCAGAAAUAAUAAUGGAAUCGAUAUUGACACCCUUGUCAUCUGGAAGGAAACUGUCACACCAAUCCAAACUGUCCAUAUGGAUGAUCGACCUUCCACAGAUAUAAUAGUUGAUUAA